GCCACGUUGGCAGCGUUCUUAAGUGUGGGUAGGCUUUUUAGUCAUUUGCGUUUUUGUGUCUCUCCCGAAUUGCUCCAAAUAAAAUGCAGCUCUAAAUAAAAUAAAUUCCUAAAAAGGGUUUUUAAUUUUGUUAAUAAUAUUUGUGUACAUAUAUUUACUAUUGACAAGCAAGCAAGUAAGUGUCCAAAGUCUAUACCAGCAGUGACUGUGCAAAACAAGUAGAAUCUUUAAUUUUAUUGUGCAUUUAAUUGACAAAAUUCUUAUAAAUCUACUGGAUUUAUAUUAUUUAUUGCAAUUACUUAGAGAGCAAUUACUUAUCAAGUGCAAGGUAUCUCCUGAAAUGAGAAUGACCAUAAGACUCUUAACUUGGAACAAGUAUUGGGUUUAUACCUGGCGAGAGUGAGAAAAACCCGAAACCGGUUGGUGUUCUUUAUUACUCGGGUGGGGCGACAAACGCCUUCGAACCGUCGGCUUUUCUACUCGGGCCUGCAGUCAUUCCCAAGUUCGAUUACAUAUUUAAUAUACUAAAUUAAAUGUCCAAUAUUUUUGGAGAAUUAGUGAUUAUAUUUAUUAAAUUGUUAGAUUUUAUUUAACAAUUUAAUUACUGACAGAAAUCUGUGUCGCGUGUGAAAUUUUUGACAGUUUAUUUGUUUAUUUUUAAUAUUAAAUAUGUCAACGGCUCCGGACUUGAGCCUCCUCGACUAUUAUCUAGAUCGAGAGGAACCGUUGAUGAAAAGUGGAUUCAAGGAGGAAUUAAUGAUGGACUCUGACUACACUCCUGCACUCACAACAGAAGAAUGGUCGACGCAGCAGGAAGAUAUCUUCGACAUGUUGAAACUGGAAAACCCAUUCAAUCUAAUGGAGAGCGACAUUGAAGCAUUGCCCUCAUCUUCAUCGGACAGCGGGUUAUCGAGCGUGUUGUCGCUGUCCUGCGAGCAACAACUGAGCCCUCUGCUCCCGAUAGAAGACCAUCUCGAGCUGAGUGACGACAACCAAAACAGCCCGCAGAAUUUCACAGAUUUUCAGUACCUCGGCAGCCCCAAUGACUCUGUUGGCAGUUUCACAGGGGACAGUCCCGUCAGGUCUGUAAUGAGCUCGAACGUUGGCUCUCCGGGCACAGAUAUUACCGAGGAAAUGGAUUUCGAGUCGAAUUACAUCACAGCUGUAGAUCCAAACAUCGUCGAAGGUUCUAUCGAAUCCCCAGUCCACUUGAUUAAACAAGAGUCCCAGCCUGUUAUAGAAUUCAACUCAACACCUAAACAGCCGAUUAAAAAACAGGAGACAACUUUAAAUCUACGUAGUAUCACAUGCAAUGGUAAAAGAAGUAUUAGACAGGUAAUACGUGUAACACCUGUUAUUUCCGGUAAUCCAAGAUCGAUACUACUACCCGUUACACUCAAGGAUAUAAAAGAUAUUAAGGAUGUCCGGAAAAUAAAAAUAAUAAACGCCACUCAGACUAGAAAUUUAAAAAGCUUCAGGCUUAAUUCUAACAAUGUUAUCAGCAAGGCUAUUCCUGUAAACAUAAAACAAGAAGAUUCUCUGAGCGAAAAAAGUAGCGUUCAAUCAGGCGAUGAAGUGUCUGAAACAGAUUUCAUGUACCCACCACUGGGACUGAAUGCCGAGGAAAAACGUCUAUUGCAGAAGGAAGGUAUAUCAUUACCCACCCACCAUCCGCUGACGAAAAACGAGGAACGUGAGUUGAAGCGCAUUCGACGCAAGAUACGCAACAAAAUAUCAGCACAAGACUCACGCAAGAGGAAAAAGGAGUACGUUGACAGCCUGGAAGACCGCGUGAAGCAGGACGCCGAGGCUAAAAUGAACCUGUCGAAGCGCAUAAAAGUUCUGGAGUCUACUGUGGAAACCCAGGCUGGACAGAUAAAGAGCCAAGCAGGACAAAUUAAACGCCUGCUAGCAAUAAUACAGAAUCGCAACAAAAAUGCACAGCCGGCCACUUGUCUCAUGGUUUUAUUACUCUCAUUAGCUCUGGUAGCUGUUCCCAAUUUGCGGCCGCAUUCAAACAACUCCAACGAGUUAAGAAAACCAGAUCAGCCUGAAAAAGUUCCACUUGCUGGUCGUUCGAGAAGCCUGCUUUUUACAAAGCAAUUAGUUGAAGAAGAGUUCCAACAGUACAGCGAGGAGCUGCUCCAGGAAGUUGAGAGUCUUCUAGACCAUGACUACAGUCCAAUCCAAGUCUCGCUCUACAAACCUUCGCGCUACGACGCGGACCAGAAAUCAAACAACAACAAUAAACUUUUCUCGGCAGCAGACGCGGGCGGUAUGUUCCCGAGAAAAUCCGAGUUUGGAGACGUUAAGUUGAGUAAAAAGUACAUUGAGCCUCCUCUGGACGACGUAUGGCCGCCCCCUAAGCCCGAUGCUGUUCAGACAGUUAAAGUCCUGGACAAGCUCGAGGCAAUUACCAAUGAAUUGAAAAUAAAUAUUUCAAAUACUGACGGAACAAGAACAGUUGUUCUUAAUGUUCCCAAGGAAUUAUAAGAUUAAUUUUUAUCUUAUCAAUUAUAAUUAUUUUUAGUUGAUAAUAUUUGAGAUAUUUUAUUUUUAAUUUG